AUGCUCGCGUGCCAUCGUGUGCCAUCGUGUGCCAUCGUGUGCCAUCCUCAGGUGUACUACGUCACGAAUCGGGUGUGCGAGAGGGAGGACGAGAAGAUGGGCAAGGUGUAUGGCAAGUUCAUGGACAGUGGCUUGCACGUUGGCGUGGUGGAUGUGGACUGUCCAAAUGGCAAGCCUCAAGUGAAGCCGGAGGGGCAGCUUGUAACGAGUAUGGAUGCGGAGGCAUUCAAGCAGCGACUGAGAGAGCAUGUGGCUCGCGACGAGAACAAGGCAGUGCUCGUCUAUGUGCAUGGUUGCUUCACUGAUUUCAGCCGGGGCAUGGGCUACGGAGCAUUCAUGCAGGUACGAACCUGA